UAUAAACAACGAGAAGAUCUUCAAUUCAGUUUUCUUCAGACAUUAGUCUCUCUCUCUCUUGGGUCUCUGUUGUGGUGGGACUGUACUCAUCAUUUUUUUGCACUGCUCUUGAACUUAAGUUUCUCUUCUUCAAUACCCAUUUGCCAUUUCUCCAUUUUCUUGAAUACAAAGAGUGAGUCUCUUUCACUUUGACAGUAAUCAUUUUGACUAUUUCGUGUUUUAUCAAGAAGAUCCACAUCGUAACAAUUUCUUUGUCCAAUUCAAACGGAGAUCUUGAAACAGAGGAGUAUUUUUCAGAGUAGAGUUUAGUUGGAUUUUCAGCUGAGAAGGGCACUUGUUCUGUCUUGCUUCACGUCAUCAUUUUCUUCAAUUUUGUAUGGUAUUGAAGAAGCUAUUCAACUCAAUAGCUGACCAUGAAAUUGGCACCUAUUUUUGGGGACGUUGUUGAUGAAAUUAAUCUUGUAUGAACAUUUUUAGCAUACAUAGUCCAAAUAAUGGAGGAUCUGAAUAUAGUAAGACUGUCACCGUUGAGGACUGGUCCCGUGAAGUCCACAUUAUCUGGAAGGUCAACUCCUAGAGGAUCACCUUCCUUCAGGAGAUUGAACUCUGGACGUACCCCGCGAAGAGAUGGUAAAAGCAAUGCCUUCAGUUCUCAGUGGUUUAGAAGUAACCGCAUUGUACUUUGGCUGCUUUUAAUUACUCUUUGGGCAUAUGGAGGAUUUUAUGUCCAGUCAAGGUGGGCUCAUGGCGACAACAAGGAAGGCAUUUUUGGAGGAUCUGGAGGUGAUGUAGGCAAUGGAACUUCUCAACCAGAGGAAAAAGUUGAACGAGUUCUAGUUGCAAAUGCGGAUUCUUUAGCAAUCAAGGCUCCAAGUAAUAAAACAAAGGCCAGUUCAAUGGACAUGGAUGUCGUCUUGGCCAAACAGGAAAACAGUGUGGUGGUAUCGGACAAGGUUGCAUCUUCUAAGAAGAAGAGCAAGAAAUCUACACGUGCUUCUCGUAGGAAGACUCGUGGUAAGAAGAAGGUGGUAGCGGAAGUCAAAAAUGAUAAUGCAGAAGUCGAAGAAGAGGAAAUACCAAAACGAAAUACUACCUAUGGCCUGCUUGUUGGUCCAUUUGGGUCAGUAGAGGACAAGAUUUUGGAGUGGAGUCCUGAGAAGCGGUCAGGAACCUGCGAUAGGAAAAGUCAGUUUGCACGUCUUGUUUGGUCUAGGAAGUUUGUGCUGAUACUCCAUGAACUCUCGAUGACUGGAGCUCCACUUGCCAUGUUGGAAUUGGCGACUGAGCUUUUGAGCUGUGGGGCCACAGUUUAUGUAGUACCUCUCAGCAGAAGGGGUGGUCUGAUGUCAGAACUAUCUAGAAGAAAGAUCAAAGUGCUAGAAGACAAAUCGGACCUCAGUUUCAAAACGGCCAUGAAAGCAGAUCUUAUUAUUGCAGGCUCUGCAGUGUGUGCGUCAUGGAUAGAACAAUACGCGGCACGUACUGUGCUAGGUUCAAGUCAAAUUGCUUGGUGGAUCAUGGAAAACCGGCGGGAAUACUUUGAUCGGGCAAAGCUAGCUUUCAACCGAGUGAAAAAGCUUGUCUUUCUUUCUGAAUCACAGUCUAAACGCUGGCUAGCAUGGUGUGAGGAAGAACAUAUAAAGCUGAAAACCCAGCCCGCACUGGUUCCGCUUUCCAUUAGUGAUGAACUGGCUUUUGUAGCAGGCAUCCCGUGCUCACUGAGCACCCCGCUAUUCAGUCCUGAGAAGAUGCUGGAAAAGAGGCAGCUACUGAGAAAUUUUGUUAGAAAAGAGAUUGGGUUGACAGACAAUGACAUGCUUGUCAUGUCAUUGAGUAGUAUAAACCCUGGAAAGGGUCAGUUUCUGCUUCUUGAAUCAACACGUUUGCUGAUUGAGGGAGUUCCUCCUCUAAAUGGAUCUGCUGUUAAAAAUCAAGCUUAUCAGAAAAGGGCAUUGCUUCAUAAUUGGAAACAAUUUGGUGAACUGGAAAACGAAUCUUCUGCCUUGGAAAAUAACCCGAAAAGGAAAGUGUUUCAGCUACCGCAGCUGUUCAUUAAGGGAGUUAACUAUGAAGCUGGAAUUGACAAAGAUAGCAGAACUCGAAAGCUUUUCUCGGUGACUGAAGGAAAGCAGGGAGAGAAGCUUAAGGUUCUUAUUGGCUCAGUUGGAUCCAAGAGCAAUAAGGUGCCUUACGUUAAAGCGCUUCUCAACUUUCUAAAUCAGCAUUCUAACUUGUCAAACACGGUACUAUGGACUCCAGCAACCACUCGUGUCGCUGCACUUUAUGCUGCUGCAGAUGCUUAUGUAAUGAAUUCUCAGGGACUUGGAGAAACAUUUGGGAGAGUAACAAUUGAAGCAAUGGCAUUUGGUCUUCCUGUGCUGGGAACAGAUGCUGGGGGCACGAAGGAGAUCGUUGAACAUAACGUAACAGGUCUUCUCCAUCCUUUGGGACGUCCAGGCGCUCAAGUUCUGGCCCAGAAUCUUCAGUAUUUGCUGAAUAACCCCUCAGAAAGGCGGCGAAUGGGAAGCAAUGGAAGAAAGAAGGUAGAAGAUAUGUACCUAAAGAGGCAUAUGUACAAGAAUUUCAGAGAAGUAUUAUACGACUGCAUGCGAAUAAAAUAACACUGGAUAGAAGGCAUUUUUCAUUCUUUUUUGAUUGUACAAUUUUCCAGUAUUGUUGCUGUUGGUCUUUCCACUAUCUUCUUCCCCGAGAAAACCAGAUUAAGAGUCGACGUCUUUUGUACAGUUUUAGUCAGUGUUUACUGAUAGAGAUCCGACUUUUUUUAGAUUUUA